CUCUAUACUGCACAGUCAAUUCUUUGGACGCUGGAUCUGUCUCUCAAGACGGCGUGUAAUCAUUAGUCGGUAGAUAUUGGUCUGGAGGCGUUUAGAUCGCGUUUGGCAUCGCGCUCUGUUUGCUCAAUGACGUAGAUCUCGCGAAGUUCUUGCCUCCUUCACCAACGCUGCGCCAGAGUUAUAACCCUACCCGCCGUCAGGCGUGAUAAUGCAAACUGUGUCGAGAGCGUGUGACUUGCUUUGAUACGCCAAUGGACAGCCAUGACCACUACAGGUCCGAUGCGGAUGACAGAGUCAAAGCCAGACGCAACACUCCAACCCCAUUCAGACCGGCGUUGGCGAUACUCGGCGCGCUCGUACUGGUGUUGAACCUGAAGUGGGCGUUCCGAUGGCUGUUGUCGGGUUGCGCCACGGAGACGAUUCUGUUGUUGUUUGGAGACCAUUACGGCACAAGGCCUUUCUCCUUCAUUCCGCUUUGGACGUUCCUUGCGACAUUUAACCUCCUGUAUGCCAUAUCCGCAACUUCAUGGCUACUCUACUGGUGGUUCACAGCGUUAUGCUAUCCCACAAUUGCCCUUACCUGCCUGCUCCAGUUCGACUUCACCGCAAACUUUGUACGGAAAAGUCUCAGAAAGGCGUUAAGGGAGUUGCACUUCACGAAAGACAGAAUAGCGCUGUUCAAUCUGCCUGCCUUGGAAAUCGACCAAGACGUGGACGGCUUGAUGGUCGUAAGAGGAAUUACAAUUAGCCUGUCCUCUCUAACGAUCGUGGCGCAUGGCGUCGAACUAGGUCUCAAGCUUGCCGAUGAUAUCGAGCUGGCGAUGCAUGUUGACGAACUGACGAUCUCCCUGUUCCGACGCAUCAACGUUGGUGACGUGUAUUGUGUUGUCAAAGGCGGAAAGCCUGAAAUGAUGUUCGCAGAUCUUGGUGACUCUGAGGGUUCAGAAGCAGCAGACGACGACAGCAUCUUCGAAGUAGACACGGCAUUGCUCAGGGCGGCGACCGCUGGCUCAGAAGGAUUCAAGGAUCGACCGAGGCUUCGUCAGUCUUUGACUGGAGUCAGCUGGAUGAAGGACUCGACUGCAAGGGAAGGUCUAGACUUCGUCCGUACACUCUCGCCGGAUGACCAACAGGCCGAGAGACAGUACCUCACGACGCUGAAGGAGAUCCAGAGAGGUAGCGCCAUCUAUCAGAGUCGAGAGCAGGUCAUACACGGUGGGAAGAAGUAUGAGGACCUCAAGUUCGACAACGACAAAGACAUGCGAGCAGCAAUCUGUGCAGAGUUACACUCUUUCCCGCCUAUUGUGCACCCACCGCAACGCUCUAUUCGGGUCUCUACGCUGCAGCAUCUUUCGCCGCCAUCGGUUCGACGCUUCUUGCACCGUCUCCCAUUCCUUCUGCGGCUCCUACUUGCAACACUUAGCUACUUCCAUCCCAUCAUAUUUCAGUCCGUGAACGCGACUGGAUCAGGGAAGUGGCUUACGGCGUUGUUGCAGCAGCAUGUGUUCAAGCACUACGUAUCCACAAACGGAGACCUCCGGCGGCUUGCAAAGCGUGUCUCUGCGUGGUUAGCCGACGCGCACUUCUGUCUUGAACUCAAUGAGAUCGAGAGCGUCGGUCGAGUACCCGUCAACACCGCUUACGAUAUUGUGGCGAACCUCAAGUUUUCGGACAUCGUGGCGUACCGUACCGCACUGCAGCAACAACUAGAUGGCAAGGUCACGGAGGUUGUGAGGCUAGGUGGUGCCGAUGCAUCCGUCGUUGUCCCGUGCUUUCUGAUCCCACAUCACGAGCACCUCCUCCCGCCGAAGCCUGCGGAGACAGACGAGCUGGACCUGCAAAGAGAGGAAGUGGAGAAAGCCGACGGAGUACCGAAGACCAUCCAAGCACAGCAGAAGUUGAAAAAGCUGGAGAAGGAUGAGACGAGUAUGAAGUUGAGCGUGCAUGCCAGCUUACCCGCAACGUUCUCCCCAGAGCUGCUACAAUUCAUUGCGGCAUUGGUAAAGGCGACGAAGAUAGUCGAGGUAGAGAAGCAGAUGGACGAAGGCGUCAUUGAUGACGGCCCUGCCUCUCCGGCUUCUCCAGCCGUCACUGACGAUGAGUCGAUCAAGCCGGUCUCUAGAACGGACAGCGGGCUCAGAACUAACUUCAAAAGUCUAGCGAAGAACCUGCAGCAAGGCCUGCGCGACGGUGGGACUGGUCAAGCUUUCCGGGAGUUCGCGAGCGACAUCAAAAGAACCACAACUGGCGGCAUGAAGAAGGCGGUAAUCGGCGGCAUUGUGAACGAUCGAUGGAUUGCGAAGAUGGUCGGCAAAGUGGCUGCAAGACUCGAGCGUGCACAAGGAGAUCUAGGCUAUUCGGGCGAAGUGCCUAUUGCGUUAGAGCCGUACCGCGAAAGAGCGGAAACGGCAACGAAGUUGCUGCCGUAAUGGUUUAAUGCUGCAUUGUUGAUGCGAAGCUCGACACGUAUAGCGGAAUUAUACCAGCGUGCUGUCUGUCUAUACUCCUAAUAAUCGUAUAAAUUAUUGUUAGCACCACGCGUU